AUGGACGCACUUCGUGACCUCGGUGUGCGCGGGCGGAUGCUCUCGUACCUCCAAGACAUCCUGGGCGGCCGCACACUGCGCGUCCCCGUGGGCUCCACCAUCAGCGAUCCUCGCCCCGUCACUGCAGGCGUCCCGCAGGGCAGUAUUCUCAGCCCUUUUCUUUUUAACUUGGUGCUGGCGAAGCUCCUUGACUAUAUCCCUUGCGACACUACAAGUGAAGUGCGCGCGGCAAUAUAUGCCGACGACAUUGCCCUCUUUGUCUAUGGCCCCAGCUACCGCCGUUCAGGCCUCCUCGAGGCGCUUCAGGUGGCUAUCGACGCCGUCGAUGCCUUUCUCACUGGGAUCGGACUCACCCUCGCCGCCUCCAAGACGGAGGCUCUACUCGUCCAUCCCCAGGCGUGCACGCGCUCUACCACACCUCGGCUUUCUCUCCGGGGCCUACCUAUCGACUGGCAAAAGAAGGUACGCUACCUGGGAGUUACCAUCGACAGCCGCCUCAACUGGCGGCCGGCAGUCAACGAACUGCAGAAAAGCAACCGCAAGAACUCCGUUGCAUCGGCCCGCGUCCUUUACACGGCACCGGUGACCUCGCUCAGUGCCUGCCAGCUAGCUGCCCUCGACGCCGAUCACCGAGAAGCCGUGCGGGACUACUCUGGACUCCCCCACACUUCCCAAGUGGGCCCCACCCUCGCUGAGGCCGGGGAGACACCCAUCUCCCUGCGAGUAACGAAACUGGCACUCAACCAUGUGCUGCGACUCAAAAGCACAACGCAGGGACAAAUCCUGCUCAGCCGACUACACGCUCUACCUCACUCAUCAAUGGGGCAGCGGGUGAGAGAGCUUCUGUCUGUUGUACCGGACGCGCCCUACCUCAGCCUACCGGCUAUUCCACCCUAUCGCCACACCCCCCUGGUCAUUAGCAAGACCCUCGGCAGCAUCAAGGCGAAAGCGCGCACCCCCCUCGCAGCUAUGCAGCAGGAAUGUGCCGCUCUCUUGCACGAUCAGCUGGCCGGGCGUCUGCUUGUUUAUGUUGACGGAUCCGUGCUCCCCGACGGCUCCGCCGCCGCGGCCUACGUCGCGCCAUCUCUCCGGGCCGUUCGCAAGUGCCGCCUUCACUCUCCCGCCUCCUCUACUGUUGCCGACCUCGCGGCUAUUAAUCUGGCGGCGGAAUUCCUCAGCGCGCAGCCGGCCGUCUGCUCGGCCGCGAUCCUGUGCGACUCACGCGCGGCUUUGGCCGCUGUUUCCCGUGAAGAAGACGGCAAUCCUCUCGCCCAAAGGGUCGCCAGGAAACUCCGAGUCGUCCUCCAGUCUGGCUGCGAACUCUCGCUUCACUGGGUGCCGUCUCACGUCGGGAUACCCGGGAACGAAGACGCCGAUCGUGCCGCGAAGGAGGCACACGAUCCCAGCAACGAGUUCACCGACUUCGUGAGUUCUGCGGACGUUGGUCGCCUCCUCGUCACCCGUUACGUUCGAGGCAAACAUCCCGAUCCUCGGGUUGCCUCCGGCAACGCCCCACGGCGCCUCCCACCCAAGGGACUCUCGCGACGUGACCUCCGCCUCCUACUUCGACUCAGGAUCGGGUGCCAUUACGCUGCCGAAAGAAAGCACAGACUCUCUGGCCAAGGCAGUCCAUACUGCGCAGACUGCGGGAAACUCGAAACCCUUCAGCAUCUACUUCUCCACUGCACCGCCUUGGAUGCCAGCAGGAAGACCAUGCUUGAUGUUUAUGCCAGGCUUGGCCUACCACGGUCUUGUGACAAGGACCUCCUUUUCCCGGAGUGUCGUGGCGACCUAGUCAAGCAGGCCCUCUCCGCGCUGCUGGAAUUCAUUGACGGCAGCGGGCUUAGAGACCGUGUUUGA